GUUAAGCAAUAUGGCUGAAUUGACUGCGGAAGCCCAGCUUGUUCAAAAUAAUUUAGAGAAUGUCGAUGGGUUCCAAAUGAUGUCCAAACAAGAUGCUGCAUGUGUUCCUAACAUGCAAAUGCAGCCCGAAGAAAUCGAAAGGAAAGCUCGAGUGGAUGCUGUUUGGCAGCAAAUGAAUAAAGGAGUGUCUACGAGGACCCUGUACUCCAUAAUAAACAAGCCUUCUUCAGCAUCAAAUAAAACUUCCUCAAAGAAAUCAUCAAAACCGCCGUCUUCUAGUUGGAUGACAGUACUGGGAUUGUCCCAAAAGAAGACAUCAGAGCCUGAAAGAAGCACGCCUGAGAAGUGUCUUAGGCCUACUCAAAAUGAAACUAGCGAGGAGGCAAAGAAGCUUGCUGCUGCUGCUCUCUGCGCAGUAAAGGAGGCUGCCGCAGCUGCUGCCUCUUCAGGCCGGGGUAAAGUUAUCACUGAAGUACGAGAUUUUGCUGGUGAAGAAGUUGAAGUAAAAAAAUAUGUUGAUGCCAACUCUGCGGAAGCAUCUGAAAAAGGCAAAGGCCCUGUAGCGUCUGCUUCUCCUGUUGAUAUUAUCCUUGAACAAAUAAAAAAGAAGCAGAAACUCAGUGUGCUUGAUAAGACAAAGAAAGACUGGGAGGGGUUCAAGGAAGAAAAUAAAGGCAUGGAAGACGAGCUGGAUGCUUACAAGAAGAGUUCCAAUCAGUAUCUAGACAGGGUUUCUUUCUUAGAACGUGCUGAUUAUCGAGAAUUUGAGCGGGAGAGAGAUGCUCGUCUUGCAAUGCAAGCAAAGAGGAAACCAGAUAGUAUGAGAGAAGACUAACUGAGAGCAUACCUUCCAGGAGAUACUGGCAGUUAGGAUGUGGAAAAGAGGCUGUGGCAUUCUUGUUGAAAGAAGUAUCUGUGGAUUUUGGUAGCCUAAAUUUCCUGUCUUAGAUUAUAAGUCUGUCCUUACUCUAGGAGGAUGCCAUAAGGGAAUAUUAUCAUUGGCAAAUGUUGCUGCAGGGUUUAAGAGGUCUUUUCUCUUGUGACCUGAGACUUGACAUGAGGAAAUCUGUUCGUGUAAUCUAUUGUCCUUUUUCUUUUUUCUAAUUUUAGUCCACUAACAUUCUUUCACUCAGUCA